CACACACUCCUUCACCUGUCACUGUGCGUAUGUGGCUCUGACUGCUGCUUGUUACAUGUUUAAGUGUAGACUACACUUUACCUGUUUGGAGUAUCUCUUCUCUGUUAUUCACCUUUGGACCAUAAAGCAGAGUUUCCUUUGCGUCAGGACAACUUGGACUUUGUCCUGAUAUUUUCUGUUUAUACUCACGUGCUGGACUUCUUCGCAUGCGUCGUCACAAGUAAAAACGAGCCUCUCUGAGCUCGCUUCACAUCUCUCUGAUUCACUCAAGGGAUACUGACAGCGUGUCAGAAACGCUCCUGGUGGAUUAUCUCGAUUUCCCGCAUUUGAAAUUUGAAGCUUCCACCUGCAGAGGUGGUGAUUGUCUCCUUGGACUGCGUAUCUGGGCACAAUGAUGGAGGAGGUGUCCGUCAUGAUGGCUUACGAUGCCAACGUCAUGGAGCAGAUGAGUGAAGACGAGAUCCUGGCCUGCCUGGUGGCCGACACAGAACCUAAAUUCACAGUCCCAACGAAGAAAGCUAAACUGAGGGAAAGCCUGCUCCAAAUAAUGGAUGAUGAAGACCCGUUGGACAAAUACCUGAGGGAGAACCGUGAGCUCCAGCAGGCCAGCCUCCGUCUGGAGCAGGAGAACGACAACCUUGCCCACAGACUGAUCACGAGUAAGGUCGCCCUGAGGAAAGCUCUGGACAAGGCAGAGGACAGAGUGGACGAGCUCACCGAAGACCUUGUGCAUAGCAGACAUCGACUUCGGGCCACAGAAGAGGAGAAGCGAGGCAAAGAGGAAGAAGCUGCUAUGUUGAAGGAAGUGCUUCGGAGAGAGCUGGAGAAGGCUGAGCAGGACGUCAAAAGGUCGUCGGGUAUCAUCACGGACUACAAGCAGAUCUGCUCUCAGCUGACAAACCGUCUGGAGAGACAGCAGGCCGCCCACAGAGAGGAGCUGGAUCUACUCAAGAGUGCAUUGAAGGCCUGCUCUCGCUGUCAACAAGUGGUAUAUCCAGAUGAACCGUCCGUCACAGCUCAGGAGCUGGCAGCGGUAGAGGGCCACGGGAUGCCUGCUUACCCAGGCUGCAAUGAGGACAGCGAAAGUCUCAAAAAGGCAGAGCAGAGGAGGGACGACGAGGAGAAGGAGUCUCUCAAAGCUCAGAUUAGGGAGCUGGAACAGGACUUGGCCCAGACCAAACUCCAGAUGGUGGAAUCCAAGUGCAAAAUCCAGGAGCUGGAGCACCAGAAAGGAAUCCUGGCCAAAGAUCUGGAGGAAGCGAAGAACAGCUGGAUCAGUAAGGCCUUCACCACUGGCUGGAACUUCCACGGUGGCUCCCUGUCUGCGUGGAGCGCCAAGAAGCUGUCGUGGCCUCACAGAGACAAUCGAGAAAAUGUCUGAUAGUUUGGACUGUGGAUGCCAAAAAGGAUCAGGGAGUGUUACUUCACAUUGUUAAGUGCACUGUUGUGUAACACUGAAGCUGCUAUGUCUUUUGUCUGUGUUUUGUGCACUAGAGGGCAGUACUAAUGUACAGUACUCUCUUGCCUGUUCACCACUUUUACAACCUCUACAUCACUGAUGGAGUUUUUUAAAUUUUUGUAAAGCAAACCUACGUGCCACGUGAGUUCUUUGUACAUAGUUCUCUUAUUUGUAAAUAAUUUAAAUAAA